UAUCCAACUCUGCUAAAAUGACAAGCCUAACUUUUCAAUUUCAAAUUGGGCAUGUCAGAUUCUCAACCCUAUCCAUUUACGUCAAAAUUUAGUUUUACUGUUGGCUGGCCAUCCAAAUUUAUGAGGUUGUUACUUUAUUUUGAAUGGGAGGGAUAAUUGACAAGGUAGAACGACAAAUUAUUGGUAAAAAGAAACGAACAAUCAGAAAGGUAACUCCAACUCACAGUGAAAGAACCGUUUCUAUUGGAAACAGCUCCAGUGACAAAGAAGAUAUUGAAACUUUGGAAGCUGAAUGUCAAACGUCGACACGCGAAAACAGUUACGUCAAAAUUGAAUUUAGUAAAUCAAAUGAGGACGUAACAAGUGAAUCUGGAAACUGCAAAGAGAGUAAAAUUCAAGAUACUAAAGGCGAUAUUCAAGAAGCUGAUAUGAAAUUGUCAAAAUCAUCCAUUGAUAUUCACACAGAAGACAAAUAUUUAUUACCAUCAUCUAGAUAUGUUCUUCUUGAUGGAAAUAUACACGAACCUCCCGAAAGAGAUAAUGAUCCUGGUUUACGGACAGGAAACAGUGAGAGUGAGUUUUGUUUCAAAAAACAUUUGCAUAGUGACACAAGACCGUCUUCCGUUCAACGAGGAAGAACCAAUAAAGUCCUUUAUCAAAAUCAUCAACGGUCUGGGCUAUGGGAAAAACGCAACGACAACGAUACAAAGUUGUACCGAAACAAUAAAUGUCGUUGCUGUUCUAACUACUAUUGCAAAACCAUUGUUGAAGAUGGAGCACAUAAUAAAAGAAAAGAAACAUGUUGUAAUCCACGAUUUAUUUAUUCUAAACAAGAACGUAAUGAUGUAUCUGAUUAUGAAGAUAAUAAUCCUUUAUACGUGCAAAGUGAAAAAUUAGGCAAUUAUAAAAAUGUCAACGCAAAGUAUUGUGAAAGACGUAGAAGAAGGGAUUCUGAUAUUUUCUUAGAUUUCAAUUGUCAAAACUCGAAACAGUAUAAAGAUCUAAUCGAGGAAUUGGGCACUUCGAUUGCGCAAAGGAAUAAACAGAGGGUACAGAAGGCGCUACGGGAAUUCGAAAUACGUAGCAGAGAAAAUCGAAAUUUAGACGAACCAAUCUUGUACAAUGAUUUGGAUGAUUCAAGUCAUUCUUCAUGUAACUGUAGCAGUAACCGUCGUUGUCAUUACAGCAAUAGAAGGAAUUCAAUGAAUUUUGAUUUCAUUCAUCAACCAUCCAUUUCCAACAAUAGAAUACGAAAUGAAAAAUUUAAUACAAUCCCAAUGGAGAAUAACUUCAAGUAUGGGGGUUCAAUCUGCACAAAAGCUCAUAAGCAGAAAUGCGCUUCUCAUUGGGAAUUGGAUCCGAAAACAGGAACUUGGUAUAAAGUGUGUAACUACCUUACUCCAAACAAGAACCGCAUAGGUUUUUGCUCGUCUAUAGAAAACCUACGAAGAAUUAAUUCUCAAACAAAAUUAGAAAGUAUAUCUUCAGAUACUAGAGGAUCGUUUUCAUUAUAUCAUAAAACACGUCCAUGUAGUCAACAAUCAGCAAUAUGUAAUAAAUGUGGAAGUCAUUUUAGAAGAUUUUAA